AUGCUGGUUGCAACGAAUAUUGGAACCACAUUCCAACUCCGUGAUAAGAUUGCAACGAUAACGAUACGUGAUAACGGGCUACCAAAAUUACGUGUUUCUGUUAUUCUUGUUAUUGUAGGGUUUAUUGGUAUUGUAGUGUUCCUAGUAGUUUGUAUAACCACUAGACAAGCCCUUCAGUUCAACUUGACAGAAUGGCCACUGGUUCCCACCAGUCCCAAUGUGUCGCCACAGGCCCACCACGAUUUCUUCCCUUUCCCCCUCGCCAAGAGGCCCCACUUCAUCGUCAGGCCUUUCCUCGCUCAAUCCCGGUCCUUUGACCACCACAUCCGCGCUUCUCCCUCAACUAUUCUUUGGAUCGGACCAAAGUUGAGCUCGAUCUGCAACAGUUUAAAGGUCCCAAAGAGACGAGAGGUUUGCGUGCCCACAUUCUGGAGAUAUCUUCUGUUUUCUGUUUUCAGGAGCAAGUACCUUAGACGAGAGGUUUGCGUGUCUGUGUUCUGGAGAUAUCUUCCAUUUUCUGUUUUGGGGAGCAAGUACCUUAGGUCCCAAAGAGACGAGAGGUUUGCGUGUCUGCGUUCUGGAGAUAUGUUACAUUUUCUGUUUUGGGGAUGUAGUUUGAAGGUCCCAAAGAGACGAGAGGUUUGCGUGUCCGCAUUCCAGAGAUAUAUUACAUUUUCUGUUUUGGGGCAAUUCUUAGCUAUUUUCUAUGAUCUUAGACAAAAGCCAAUUUUAUUUGUUUCAAAUGAGCUACCGGCUCAAGCAGUAGCCAAGCAAGAUCAAUCAGCUCGGCUCGGCUCGGCUUUAAUUUCAGCUCGGCUGUGGCUUGAACCAGCUAAAAGCCAAAGCCAUGGCAACACUAUUCCCACAAGAGGAGUAAGAGCAGUUAAUGCUCUCCUAGAUUUUUUAUAUUUGGCUCAAUACAAAACUCAUGACAACAUUACCCUAGGUUAUAUGCAAGAUGCUCUGGAUCACUUUCACGAUGACCGAGACUACUUUAUUCAGGUGGAAAUAUGA